AUCGGUACUUGGCAAAACUGGAGCCAUCGAUAUCACCAGCACGAUGGGAGUAUUGCAUUUGCAUUACGUUCUUAAUUUUUUGCCGUUGGAUCUACUCCAUCAGGCGCGUCGUUUUCACGCUCGGCCAGGCGGGAUCAUCCACGCUCAAAAUUGAAUAAAAUUGAAAAAUCCUCACACACUCCCACACUACUCUCUUACAAAAGCGCAAUUUUCGGAUUCGAGCAAAUGCGAAUGAGAACAGCGCGAACCACCAAAACCGAAAACCCUCUCUCUCACUCUCACUCUUCUCCUCCCUAACCGAACUAGGGUUUCACCUUCACCGCUUCAAUGGCCGAGUCCGCGUUUCAACUCGUUUCCGAAAUCGGUACCCAACUCGGCCGCCAAACUCGCUCCGGCAAGGAUUCCCUACUCAAAUCGCUCAAACAAGCUGCAAAUGCUUUGUCAGAAAUUGAACAGCCUUCAACGUCCGAAGCUGCAAGGAAGUUAGAAGCUAUUAACAAUCUAGAAGUUUCCACAAAACCACUGAGGAAAGCAAUUGUACAUGGCCUUCUUCAGCAUAAAGAUAAGGAAGUUAGACUUCUAGUGGCCAUCUGUAUUAGUGAAAUAUUUCGGGUCAUGGCGCCUGAACCACCUUUUGAAGACAAAUAUCUUAGGGACAUUUUUAAGCUCAUUGUCAGUAUCUUUGCUGAGCUAGCUGAUACCGCAAGCCCACAUUUUUCGAGAAGAGUUAAAAUAUUAGAGACUAUUGCACGAUAUAAAUGUUGUGUUAUAAUGCUGGAUAUUCAUUGCAAUGAUCUGGUUUUGGAGACGUUUAAUACAUUUUUCUCAGUUGUGAGAGAAAAUCACCAGCGGAGUUUGAUUAAUCAUAUUAUUUCUAUAAUGACACAUAUUAUUAAUGAUGAUGAAGAAGAAGAAGAAGCUUCUCAAACACGUUUGGUUUUGGAUGUGAUUUUGCGGAAACUUGUAAAUGAUGGAAAGGGUGCACCGUGUGCUUCUUAUCAGCUUGCUGUUUCUAUUAUCCAAAAUUGUGCAGAAAAGCUUGAGCCAUUUAUCUGUGGGUUUUUAACAAAAUGUAUUCUGGAUAGAGAUGCUGUAGAGAAUGAGCUCAAAGAAUUUUACCAUGAAAUUAUUUUUCAAGUUUUCCAGUGUGCUCCUCAGAUUCUUCUUGCUGUCAUUCCAAACUUGACUCAUGAAUUACUGACCGAUCAAGUUGAUGUCCGAAUAAAAGCUGUUAAUUUAGUUGGGAAACUUUUUGCACUGCCCAAACGGCAUGUUGCACAACAUUACCGUGAUCUUUUCUUAGAGUUUUUGAAAAGAUUCUCUGAUAAAUCUGUGGAAGUUAGAGUGAGCGCUCUACAAUGUGUUAAAGCUUUCUACAUGGCCAGUCCUUCUGGAACAGAAUCUCAUGAAGUUAUCACUGCCCUUGAAGAUCGAUUGCUAGAUUUUGAUGAUAAAGUGAGAACACAAGCAGUGAUUGUUGCCUGUGAUCUUGCCCAGUCGAACCUGAAAUUUGUUCCCCCCAAAUUAAUAUCUCAAACUUCUGAAAGACUUCGGGAUAAGAAGAUAAUUGUUAGAAAGAAGGCCUUCCAUAAAUUGAUAGAAGUAUAUCGAGAUUAUUGUAAUAAAUGUUCUGAAGGCCAUAUGACAAUAAGUGACCACUUUGAACAGAUUCCAUGUAAAAUUUUGAUGCUGUGUUUUGAUAAAGAUUGCAAGGAGUUCAGGUCCCAAAACAUGGAGCUUGUUCUUGCAGAGGAUUUAUUUCCCGUUCUUCUUUCAGUUGCGGAGAGGACAAGGCACUGGAUCCAUUUAUUUUCUCUUUUCACCCCUCUUCAUGUAAAGGCAUUGAACUCUAUCUUAUCCCAGAAAAGAAGGUUGCAAAAGGAGAUGCAAAGUUAUUUGGCUCUACGAGAGAAAGAGAAGGAGACUAGUUCAGAAGAGAUGCAGAAGAGAAUCAAAACUUCAUUUAUGAAAAUGGCUGCAUUGUUUCCUGAUCCUUCGAAAGCAGAAGACUCCUUUCAUAAACUGAACCAAAUGAAAGAUAAUAAUGUCUUCAAUUCUCUGGCACUAUUAUUGGAUGAGCUGAAAAUUGUUGAUGCUCAGACCAUAAGAGAUAAAUUUUUGAAAACAGUAGGUGAUAGACAUCCACAUUUUGAGUUUUUGAGUUCACUAUCCUCAAAAUGCUCGCAUAAUAUAUUUGGUUCUGAGCACAUCCAAUGUAUUUUGGAGCAUCUUUCUGGUAACAGAUAUGGAACUAAGCUCCUGGAGGCUUCUUCUGCCAAACUUCUUCUGGCUAUCAUCAGCAUUUUCCCCUCACUCCUGAGGGGUUCAGAAGCGCAACUUCGAAUGUUAAUAGAGGAGAACAGGAAAAUUAAUGAUAAGCUGAUUGAAGUGUUAGCAAAAGCGGCACCUCAUAUAUCUGUAAAACUCAGUGAUAUAUACCCAAUCUUGGAGAGAGUUUGUCGUGAGGGAAGUCGCAUUGAGGCCAAAUUUUCUGUUGCCGCAAUUGCAGCAUUUGGUGGUGUUUCGGAGCAAUUUGUUUUUUCAAAAUUAUGCAAGGAUCUAGUUGUUUCUCUGCAUGCUGGGCAGAAUAUUCCAACAGUUUUGCAGUCUUUGGGCUGUGUUGCGCAAUACUCUGUUUCAGCAUUUGAGGCUCAAGAUGGAGAGAUCACAUCAUAUAUCUAUGAGAAAAUUUUUCGAGUGGAUUCAUCAGAUAAUAUAAAUUCAUAUAAUGAUGCUUUUGGUUGUACUAGUUCCUGCAAAUUGAAGAUUUAUGGGCUGAAAACACUUGUCAAAAGGUUUUUACCACAUCAAGGAACUCAUGCCAGACGGCAAAUUAAUGAAUUGUUGGACAUUUUGUCAAACAUGUUGCAAAAGGGAGAUGCUUUUGAUGGUAUCAUCACAUGUGAAAGUGAUAAGGCUCACAUGAGAUUAGCUGCUGCCAAGUCUGUUCUUCAGCUUUCCAGAAGAUGGGAUUUGCAUAUUUCACCAGAGAUUUUUCGCUUUACAAUUUUAGUAGCAAAGGACUCAUCUUUGUUUGUUCGGAGAUUUUUUCUUGAUAAAAUGCACAAACUAUUGAAGGAGCAUGUUAUUCCUAGUAGAUAUGCUUGUGCUUUUGCAUUGGGCACCUCAGACUGUCUCAAAGAUCUUCAGGAUGAUUCAUUUAAAUAUAUGGCAGAAUUUAUCAAGGAAUACAGUAGAGAAGCUCGAAUCUGUCAAAAUUCUUCUGCGCAAGGAGGAACAAUCACCGAUUAUCCAGCGUACAUAGUGGUAUUCUUGAUAUAUUUUCUUGCUCAUGAUACAGGCUUUCCAUCUGAAAACUGUCCAGAGGAAGAAAUAUAUGCCCAGUUUUGCAGUCCACUUUUUAAUUUAUUGGAGGCAUUAGUCAAUGCUACUGUUGUUGAUGGGGACAUGGAUCUUGUUAAUGAUGCUCUCUUACUUCUGCUCAGUAUUUUUCGGGCCAUUAAGAAAGCCGAGGAUGUUGUUGAUGCUCGGAAUACUCCAAGGUUGCACAUCAUAGCAGAUUUUGGGUUCUCCUUUCUAAAAUCAUUAAAUCAUAAUGAUGCCUCCUCAGCCCAUGCCCCAGCACUGAUCUUGCUGCCAUCAUCAUUCUUUCGAGCAUAUUCAGGAUGUCUCAAUCAGUCCCCUUUCAAUGACUGUUUUAUUAAGAAGGUUGUUCAGAUGUUUAAAUCUCAUCUCUCUCUGCCUAUUACUGCUCUUCCCAAACAUGGUCGGAAGUGCCAAGAGGAUAACACAAAGUUAGCAAUUAUUAAGAGCAACACAUUGUGCUUGGCACCUAGUGAGAAAGUUGAUUUGUCCACAACUGAAGUUGAAACCAGAAAAAAUAUGAGGCAGGAUAUUACUGUGGGACAUAGGCAAAAACAGGCAGUCAGUUCUGAAUCAGUUCGAUUGCGUGAGUGUUCUAUAAAUCACCAACAUAGUGCAUCUAAAAAGUCCAAACGAGUUCUAGAGAAAGAGCCGCUCUCAUCUUGUGAUUCUGUAACUCGACUUUCUCUGGCUGAAUCACAUAUUUCAGUUCAAACUCUAGAAAGAGAUGCCCUUUCUUUGAAAGAAAAUGUCAGGGCAAGUAGCAAUGUUGUUUCUGAUCCUCCCAAAUAUUCCAAAGCCGAGGCCAAAGACACUAGCAGCUUAAAUGAAUCUAAUAAUAAGAGUGAGACUUUAAUUGGACAGCGGAUCAAGGUGUUAUCUCCAAUCGAUAGAUGUUUCUAUUCAGCCAUGGUGGAUGGUUAUAAUUCUCAAAACAAUACUCACAAGAACCAGAUCAGCUGGUAAUUGGGAAAACAAUAAAGACGACCAGAAAUUUGAAUUCAAGGACACCUAUUAUUAAGUUGCUUCCCAUCCAAAAUAUUUUUUAAUAUUUCUUGGCUUGUUGCUUUUCAUUUUUACCCUUGGUUGCCUGCUAUUGUCAUAUUGUCUUCCUUGAUAUCAUCCCCCAAUUUGAUCUUUUUUGCAGAAAGAAGGGCAAGAAAACUAUGUUCAGUACCCAACAAAUAUAUAUUGGGAAAUAGGGCUGAUACUUCUGAUGAUAUGUUAGUUCUUUGGUUGGUGGGACAUUGUUAAAUUUAAUGGAUUAUGGUUUAAGAUAGGGAAAAUUGCUUUUUAAACCCUAUAUUUUAGGGGUGGUUUCAAAUUAAACCCUAUACUUCCAAAAUUUUCAAUUAAACCCUAAAGUUUAAGGCUGUUACAAAUUAAACUGCAUUGUUACUUUAGUUUUAAAUCGAAUUAUGAACUUUCAAAAUAUAUAAUUAUAAAGCCCCAAUCAAACCCAAAAAUACCAGGGUUUGAAUUGAUAUGAUUUCAAAAGUUCACGGUUCAGUUUGAAAUAGCAAAAAUGUAAGGUUUAAUUUGUGACUGUCUUAGACUUCAAAUUUUUGUCAUUUAUCUUUUUGACUAAGAAUUACAAUAGUAUGUGCUUAAAGAAUUAUGUAGAUAUCCGUGUUGUAUUUUAUUCUAGUUUCCAAGAAUUGGCGUAUUGAUUCUGUAUUGUAUCAUGUGCGUGUCUUGUAUCAGUAUCACUGUUCUCUAGGAUUCAAGUUACAGCUACAUUUUAUUAUAUACACAUGUAUGAGGUAGUGCAUAUUUUGCCUAAAUUUGUUUUUUCCAUUAAACAAUAAACAUAGCAAUAGUAUUUUUAGGUAGAUACGCCAAUCUUAAAUCAGUUUUAAGUACAAGAUCUGGAGCUGACAGACUGGUUUGAGUGGAGAAAAAAAGGGUGAUUGAACUUAAAAUCUUGUUGGAAGAUAAGUUAUUCUGGAAGUUAAAUAGAAAGAGCUCUUUCACAGUCCACUUGUACUAUGCAGCUUUUAGAGGAGAGUGGAAACCUGGUGUCCCUUGGCAAUUCGU